UGUACUUUCUAAUCAAGUUGUAACUAGUGGAAAUAAUUACAAUGGAUUUAUAUUGUCUUCGAUGGAUGGUGUUGUCGUUGGUUGCAAGAAUUUGUCAUCCUAAUUCCGAUUUCAAUUUUUCAAUAUAUUAUGAAGAACAGGAAGAUCAAGAUAUGUGGGCAAUUGGACUUCCUUUUCUUAAUAUUACAUCAACCACAAUUGCACCUAGUAUCAGUGCCCAUUUUGGUACUUUAACUCCUACUUUAAAAUUACAGCCAGGGGGUUUGUUGCAGGGCACUGGGAUAUUUUACUCAUCUCGUGAUCCCAAUAUAACUUGCACUCUGAACACACAAGCUGAGUCAGAAUCAAUCGAUUUCGUUUCUUGCAAUUUUGAAAAUACCACUAAUUUGUUGACUAUUUCUUUGUCAUUACCGAAGCUUGAGGCCAGGUUCAAUGAAUCUGUUUUCUAUUUUGAACUCGGUAGCUGGGGGACUUCGGAUAUGUCAGAUGAUGUGAACAUAUUUGUGUCCG